AGUAUCAUGGUGUCAAGAUAAUUUAAACCUUUGUAAUGACUAUCCUGUACGUAAAAGAAUGUGGAAAGUCUGUAAGAAAAGCUGCCAUGUGUGUGAAGAUGGUGGGUCUUGUAGUCUUGGAUACUAUGGAGCAGACUGUUCCCCAUGUCAUGGUCGCUGUAAAGAAGGAGACUGCGAUAAGGCUGAAGACACUGAAUGUCCACAGGGCUGUCCUGAGAAAAAACGAGGGAUACAUUGUACAGAAAACUGUAGCUCAGCAUGUUUGAAUUCAUGUGACCGUUGGAAUGAAGAAUGUCAUGAAUGUGAAAAAGGAAAAUACGGACCACAUUGUAACAAAAUAUGUGAUCGUUGUGAUGACCAAGGCUGUAAUACUGAAGGAUACUGUAUUGAAGGUUGUGUACCUGGAUGGUCAGGUGAUAUGUGUAACAUUAAGGUAUCGGACUGUAAUAAAUGUUUAAAUAAGAAUUGUAGCAGCUCGGGAUUCUGUCUUGAUGGAUGCAUGGAUACCUUUUGGGGAAAUGACUGUAAUAGAGACUGUAAACCUGGUUGUAGUCAAACAAUAUGUGACCAAAAAACAGAAUAUUGUCUUUUGGGAUGUGUAGAUCAACAUUAUGGACCAGACUGUUCUCAACGUUGUAGUAAACAUUGUAAACGUGACCCUAAGACAAACAGAAGAAACUGCUAUCAGUCAUCUGGUGACUGUUUAUGGUCAUGUCAAAGAGGUUGGUACCUUAAGAACUGCACGAUGAAAUGCAAUACAAAUUGUGUUAAUAAUGCUUGUAAAUUGGAAGAUGGUAAAUGUAAGAAAGGCUGUAAACUGGGUUGGUUUGGUAGUCAUUGUGAUCGUCAUUGUGGCAACUGCUCAAAUGAUGCAUGUAAUCGGGACACUGGUGCUUGUUCUAAUGGAUGCAAACCUGGCUAUUAUGGAGAGAAAUGCAUGAAGGAAUGUUCUAAUCAUUGUAAUGGCAGCACAUGUGAUCAAAGUUCAGGCACUUGUCUUAAUGGAUGCAAACCUGGCUAUUAUGGAGAGAAAUGCAUGGAGAAAUGUUCUGAUCAUUGUAAUGGCAGCACAUGUGAUCGGGACACUGGUGCUUGUCUUAAUGGAUGCAAACAUGGCUAUUACGGAGAGAAAUGCAUGGAGGAAUGUUCUGAUCAUUGUAAUGGCAGCACAUGUGAUCAAAGUUCAGGCACUUGUCUUAAUGGAUGCAAACCUGGCUAUUACGGAGAGAAAUGCAUGGAGAAAUGUUCUGAUCAUUGUAAUGGCAGCACAUGUGAUCAAAGUUCAGGCACUUGUCUUAAUGGAUGCAAACCUGGCUAUUAUGGAGAAAAUGCAUGGUAAAUUGUUCUGAUCAUUGCAAUGGCAGCACAUGUAAUCAAGGUUCAGGGGCUUGUCCUAAUGGAUGCAAACCUGGCUAUUAUGGAGAAAAAUGCACGGUAAAUUGUUCUGAUCAUUGCAAUGGCCGCACAUGCAAUCAAAGUUC